AUGGUCUUCAGACUGCCAACCGCUCUCUUAGCGGGCCUCUCUGCAUUUCUCUUCGCUCCAGCCGCGCGAGCUGCGGGCCUGGAGAGUGUGCUUGCCGGCCAGGCCAAUCUCACGAUAUUCCGCGACCUGGUCAAGAACCACACCGACAUCUUUGCAAACCUUCCCAGCGACGUAACGGUCGUGGCAACUCUGAAGUACCAUAUCCUUAGCCGGACCAUCAGCAUGCCCUCCAUCGUGAAGGGGGACUCUAUCUGGGCCUCGACGGCUUUGACAGACGAGAAACUCACCACCGUGGAGGGUGGCCAGCGUUUGAUCCUCACCAAGCAGCCAGGAGGUGAAGUCGUCUUCACAUCCGGGUUCGCCACUCGAGGUACCGUUGUCGUCGAGGACCUGAGCUUUGACAGCGGCCUCGUCCAGGUCAUCGACUCCGUCAUGCGCGUCCCCGAGAGCCUCGAGUCAACUGCUCGCAGCGCGUACACCGACCUGACAGCCUUCGUCGGCGCUCUCUACGCCGCCGACCUGAUGAGCGAGCUCGCCGCCCAGAAAGACGUCACCAUUUUCGCGCCGCACAACGCCGCCUUCCAGCAGCUUGCCGGCGCGCUCGAGAUCAUGGACAAGGAACAGCUGAGGCGCAUCCUGCGCUACCACAUCGUGCCGGGCAACCUGACGCACGUCUGGGAGCUCCAGAACGCGAGCACGCUCGCCACCGCCGCCGACGACAACGGCAAAAAGCAGGUGUCCAUCACGCGCCACACCAACUUCGUCUUUGUCAACUCGGCCGAGAUCAUCCAGACUGACAUCCUCAUCUCGAACGGCCUUGUCCACAUGAUCGACAACGUGCUCAACCCGGACGAGUCGGACGCCCACCCGGACGUUAAUCUCACCACCGCCCAGCCGCCUGUCUUUACGCUCGUGGGAGCGACGGCUACGGGCACCACCGUGCCGACGCCGUUUGCUUCGGAUUUGCCGUGUACGGCCAGCUGCCCUGUUGUGUCGCAGCCGACUGGUACGGGCACUGCGGCUUCCACGGAGCCAGCUGGGAAUGGCCGGGGUUCCAGCUCGAGCUCGAGCAAUGCUGGGGUUGCGGCUGCGAGGUGUACAGGACUGGCUAGAGCAAGGCUUGGGAUUGGGUUGGCAGUUGGUGCUAUAAUGGUGAGGCUGUGA